AUGGAAGACUGGCAAGGGAUAAUUGUAAAACCCUACUGGAGAGAUUACCCUCAAAGUGUAGGAAGGUCGCGUUCCGAGCUGCCUGAAUUACAAAUCAAUCAAGAAGCUCAUGCGUGGGUACCAGUGGGCGGAUUUGAUACUUUCUUGAAUAAGUAUACGGAGGAAUUAAUGGGAAAUUAUGUCAAGGCAGCACUACAGGUGAUACCAGAAAGCGAUGCUGCUAGUAACAUGGAACCAAUGCUUUUUGAAUUGUCAAAUUUUUAUGGGAGAAAACUUGCCCCACUGCUUGCAAGACACCUUCUAGAACCAAGAUAUUUCAAUGAAGAAGUUAAGAAACAAGAAGGAGAAGCUCAUCUUGCAAUAUUGAAGGAAAUUCUGAUCUCAGAGCGUGGUGGAGACAGCUUGCCACAAGAAGAAUUUGUCUUGGUUAAAAAUGUACUCAGUGCAAUUCGUCUCCUGUGCCAAUAUAAAUUCAUCACACCGGAAGAAGUGAAAGACUUUUUCAAAGAUGAAGGAGUAAUCAAGACGCUGGGGAGACACCUUGUCCGCUGUUAUGAUGAACAAUACCCCAACCUCGUUAAUUUUAAAAGCUUCAUACCUGACAUGGAUUUCUUAAGGAAAGAUUCCAAAACCAAUCAAUACCAUUGGUGGCUAAACCUGAUUGACGAAACCACUGAGGGGAAGAUUCUGUUCCGAUCAAUGCAGAAGCUGUUUGCAAACAUGGCACCCCGACGAGUUUUAGAUGGCGAUAUGUCAUCAUCCAAAUGGGCAGUCUUCCUUGAUGAAGGGCUCUAUCAGGGAUUUGAAUGGAAAGGCUCUGCCGUAGACCCUCACAAAAAUCAAUUGGCUUGUUUGAAGGCUUACAUUGAGGAUAUUUCACAAGACCAAUCAACAACCGACAGCCUUGAAGAGGUGUUAUCAAACUACUGGAUUAGAAAUUUAAUAUUCAGAUACAAUGCCAAUAGCAUAGGUUAUGCGCUGUACGAAUCCGGAAGACGUGAUCUCUUGAACCAACAUGACAUGACUGGGAAGAUCAUCCAAAUCCAAACAACUCGCAACAGGUUUUUUGAGGAAAAUGGGUGGUUUGACCCAAACGCUUCGCCAAUAAGGAUUCAUAGCGCUCAAAAGAUUGUGGAAUUUGAACAGAACAAACACAAACAAACCCCAAACCGUUACAUGAAUCUGAAAGCUGAAUACGAGAACAGAUUCAACAAAGAUGAUCCAAUCAAUCUUAUGAAUGGAUGGCUCAAUCCGAUUGAUCAUGUAAUUAUCUCCCCAGCAGACAAGCCGGGCACCUCAAAGCUGAAAAAAUUGAAAAAAACGCUUAAGAAUUUAAUAGGUUACCAGUAG